AUGUCGUCUUUCGAACCUCUGCGACCCCUAGCGACCAAUGUCUUCCUGUACGAGCCCCGGCUCGCAGAUGAGGGCCGUCGGCCUCGCGAUGAUCCGCCGCUGAUCAUCCUGUGUACUUGGGUUGGCGGCGCUAGUCCUCGACAUAUCAAUAAAUAUGUCGCGACUUAUAUGGGCCUUUAUCCGGGUUCGUGUCUGCUGCUCGUUACCACGCAUUUUCUUGAUAUUAGCGUGCGCUCGUUCAGCGCUGUGCGAGCGCGUCUGAAACCUGCGAGAGAUGCUAUCCGUCGGAUCUUGGGGGGUGUCGGUGUCGGUGUCGGUGAUGGCGACAGCGCCAAUGCCGAGCCCAGCCAGAAGGCAUUACUUCACGUCUUCUCGCACGGCGGAUGCAACACAGCUGUCCAGCUCGCUCUAUCCAUGAACGACAACAACGACCAAGAGAUCAAGAACGGCGAGGUACGCCAUCUCCCACUCCAAGCCGUCAUCUUCGACAGCUGCCCCGGGGACGACUCUUUCCUGCGCAUGUACAACGCCGCGGCAGUCUCGUUCCCCCAGAUAUUUCCGCUCGGGUUCUUGGAAAGCACGCUGCUCUACCCGUCCAUGGCGGCGGUCUUUGCGCUGCAGAGGGCCGGGCUCAUGAAUUCCGUGAGGCAGUUACGGCAGGAGAUGAAUGAUCGGACGGUGUUCGGGUCCGCCAGGCGGUUGUAUCUGUAUUCGAAGGCGGAUGACAUGGUGCCGUGGGAUGCUGUUCAGAGGCACGUGGAGGAGGCCAGGAAGCUGGGUUAUUGGGUGCAUGGGGAGUUGUUUCGGUAUAGUUCGCAUUGCGCGCUGGUUCAGGAGGAUGCUGCACGGUAUUGGGGGGCGAUUCAGGCGGUUUGGCGGGGAGGUGUUGUUGGUGGGGGGGAGAGGGAGGAAGGUCGUCUGAAGAUGUCAGUUGAUCGGCUCCGGCAGCCGACCGAAGCCGCCGACGGGAAUGACCUCACAACUUCGGCCUUGUCCUUUUUCCCUUCUUCCAUGGAUCUUCUAUCAGUCCUCCCGGACUUCCCCACCAAACCCUACGCCCAUAUCCUUCCUCCGCUUGAGCGAGCGAGUCUCAACACGGUCGACUUGAUCACCCUCGAUGCUCUGGAAAUCGCCAAGCGCGCCCACGUGCCGCCAGCCGACGUGCGCCGGUUGUCGUCGCAUGUCGUGAAGGCCCUUCAUCAGGAUGUUGGCUUCGAGGAAUCGGCCGGUCCGGACACCGCAGAGCCCAGUUCCAGCAUCAAUUUUGACGCGCCCCUGACCCCUGGGUUCUCCAAUAAACUCGAUCUCUCGCAAUGGAGCGCCAUCAGCACUCUCGACCCCGCGCUGGACGCGCUGUUGGCUGGCGGCGGAAUCCCCACGGGAUACGUGACAGAAGUGACCGGCGAGAGUGCCAGCGGCAAAACGCAAUUCCUCCUAACCCUCCUCCUAUCCGUCCAACUCCCUUCUCCUCGGGGCCUAGGGAAAUCCGCCAUCUACAUCUCGACCGAAGCACCGCUAUCAACGCCGCGACUCUCGCAGCUACUCGAUUGCCAUCCGUACCUCUCCACCCUACCGCGCGACGAGGCCCCCUCGUUACAGAAUGUGCUGUCCAUCAAUGCAAUGGACCUCGAGACCCAGGAUCACAUCCUGAACUACCAACUCCCCGUCGCCAUCGGCCGAUACAACGUCGGCCUCGUGGUCAUCGACUCGAUCACAUCUAACUAUCGCGCCGAGCACACCUCCACCAGCAUGCAGGGUCUCACGACGCGGUCGUGGGAACUCGCCCGACUGGGCCAAUUGCUGCGCAAUCUCGCCGCGAAGGAGGGUAUUGCGAUCGUGGUGGCGAAUCAGGUUUCGGAUCGGUUUGAAGGCCCGGAAGGGCUUUCAAAUCCUUUCUUCAGGAACGCUAUGGCCGGUGCGAAUGCGAACUCGUUGCCCUCGACGCCGCAUCCCCAUUCGCAUUCGCAGCAGCAACAUCUUCGACCGCCGCCGUCGUCGAACCGCGAUGUCGUCGCAUCCCCUCUGCCUUUGCCUCGACAUCAACCCCCGGAAUCGGGGAAUAUCGAACUCGCCCAGCAUAACGUCAUCUUUCCUUCUUCUUCGUCGCCUGCGUUUCCGUCAUCACCGUAUACCAACGACGACGAUUGGCCACCGCCGCAGACGCAACAUCAGCAACAGCAGCAGCAAAACUUCGACGGGUCCUAUCUCGUCGGAAACCCCGUGCGCAACGAAAUCCUCAGUCUUGUGCACCAGCAGCGUUUCUUCACCGGAUGGGGCGAUGAUCUUCCGCAGUCUUUGACCGGGGGGAUUUUUCCCGGCUAUCAAAAACCGGCGUUCAAGACGCCGGCGCUGGGAAUGGUCUGGUUAACGCAGAUCGCGUGCCGGAUUACUUUGAAGAAAGAGGAGUUGCCGGUCAUGAUGGAUCCUGCGUUUGAUCUUCCCACUCCGCAUCUCAAUGUGAAUCAGAACCUUCCUGCAUCGAUCCCAGAUGUAUCCGCGCAUCCGGCUGAGACGGAGACGAUGAAGGGGAAUGGGGAUGGGGAUGAGACUGAGAAUAAGAAGCUCGACGACGAUGAGAACAAGACCGCCCACGAGGCAACACCUUCUAACAACACCGCCGACCAACCCGAGCUACCCUCCAACACCGUUCCUCUUCCCACCGAACCCGAAUCUACGACCAAUCCAGAACCUGUCGCUGGCCCUGUCCCUCCUCCCCCUCCUCCCUCCGCGCCGAAACCUCCCACUUCAAGCUCUCAGUACCAAAACCUAUUCCCGCCAUCAUCUCCAUUACCACCGCCAGAUCGUCCGAUCCGCCGCACCAUGAAACUGGUCUUUGCGCCGUGGACUGCCGGCAAGAUCGUAAGAACGGGCGACAUCCAGGACGAGGUCGAGUUCACGAUCGAGAAGGGAGGGAUGCGAGGAGUCCUGUAG